GAGUGCGCACGGCGCCCUGCCUGUCGCUGCUGCUGCUUGUGCUGAGAGAACACAAGAACAGAGGCUGUGCGCUCACAGCCACAUUCAACAGGCAGCGCUGGAUAUAGUCGUUACUCAUAGGCUUUUCUUUCCCCGCGGUUUAUUACUAAUAGUUUGUGCUGAAACCGCGUGAGGCGGUUGGAAACAGGGACCUUGGUGGAUGAUGUGCGCUUCUUGGGAUGUGCUGAUGCGUUGCGCGCUUUGGUAAUUGGACACAAACCUUGUCCCAUAAUUACGCAGUAUAGGUCAAUUAUACUAGUGACACGCACCUAUUCACCGAGGGGGGAAAAAAGAAAGAAAGAAGAGGAGGAUGGCGACCGCGCAUAACGGAUCCAACCUCACGUCGAACUACACCAGCAAGUUUGUGCAGCCGCCGUGGCGCGUCGCUCUCUGGUCCAUCGCGUACAGCUCGGUGCUGGCGGUGGCGGUGUUUGGGAACCUCAUCGUGAUGUGGAUCAUUCUUGCUCACAAGAGGAUGCGGACGGUGACCAACUACUUCCUGCUGAACUUGGCGUUUUCUGACGCGUCCAUGGCCGCGUUCAACACUUUGAUAAACUUUAUCUACGCCGCGCACGGGGAGUGGUACUUCGGCGAGGCUUACUGCAAAUUCCACAACUUCUUCCCGGUCACGUCCGUGUUCGCGAGCAUCUACUCCAUGAGCGCGAUAGCUGUGGACAGGUACAUGGCCAUCAUCCACCCUCUGAAGCCUCGUCUCUCAGCCAAAGCUACCACAGGAGUGAUCGUCUGCAUCUGGAGUCUGGCCGUGGUUCUGGCCUUUCCUCUCUGCUACUUCUCCACAGUACGAACCCUGUCCGGGCCACGAAGCCGGACGCUGUGCUACGUGGCCUGGCCCAACAUGGCUGAUGACCCCUUCAUGUAUCACAUCAUCGUGACAGUUCUGAUCUAUGUCCUGCCAUUAGUGGUGAUGGGCAUCACUUACACUAUUGUGGGGGUGACUCUGUGGGGAGGGGAAAUCCCAGGAGACUCGUGUGAUAACUACCACGGGCAGCUUCAGGCUAAAAGGAAGGUGGUGAAGAUGAUGAUCAUUGUGGUGGUGACCUUUGCCCUGUGCUGGUUACCCUAUCAUGUCUACUUCAUUGUGACGGGUCUCAACAAGCACCUGAACAAGUGGAAGUACAUCCAGCAGGUUUACCUGUCAGUGCUGUGGCUGGCAAUGAGCUCCACCAUGUACAACCCCAUCAUCUACUGCUGCCUCAACAGCAGGUUUCGAGCUGGCUUCAAGCGAGCAUUCCGCUGGUGCCCGUUCAUCAAAGUAUCAAGCUACGAUGAGUUGGAACUACGCUCAGCACGGUUUCACCCAACGCGCCAGAGCAGCAUGUACACGCUGUCACGGAUGGAUACCACCAUGGUGGUUGUUUAUGACCCUUCAGAAUCCGAUAGCGGUCCCAGUGGUGGCUCUGGGAGGAAGCAUUCCCUGUCUUCGAGGAAGAGGAGCUACAUCACCUCUCGCCACAGUGAGAUCACUGGGUGCAAUGGUGGCGCUGCAAAAUCACAAAAUGGAGGCGCUCCAAAUGCUCAGCCUGAGGAGUUUUCUUGAGGAGCUCAUUACUCAUGCGACUUUAUAGUACACACAGGCAUGUGCAUGUAAAUGUAUACACACACACACACACACAUACACUGUACAUACAGACAGUGCACAUGUGUUAGCUUUGCUUAUAUGUGGAACCACUGUAUCAAGUUUGAAGUCAUUACUUUAAUGUGUAGUAAAUGCAGCUGCAUUUUAAAAUAUGCAGUUGGAUGUGGAGAUUAUUGAUUUUUGGAUCAUGAAUAAUAUUGAUUUUCUUUUUCUUUUUUUUAAAGACACUCCUGGACAGAGCCUGGAUUAUUAAAUAGGCUCUGUUGGCACAGGGUAAAUUUGACGACAGUCACACUACUCAGUCCCAGUCCUCUGAAACUCCCCAUUCCAGAGCAAACACACUCAUAUUUUAUUAUUGCUCAUUAUACUUUAACACUAUAAAGUACUGUGAGUGUAAUCCAUCGUCAUCAUUUUUCCACUACACUGUACAGUAUACAGCAUUUUGAAUGAAGGAAAUCUGCUGUGAGGAGCGUUAAACCGAGGACAGACUGCCCCAACGGUCAGCAGAUGGCAAAGAGAAGUUGGUAUUUGUCUGGGAAAAAAAAGUUGCACUCGGAUAGACUGCAUUGACAACAGCAGACUUGCAACCAGAACCUACGUUUGGCACCUGGAAGAGGUGUUCGUCAUUGAAAAGUGAAAGCAGAAGAAAUGUCCGGCAGCAGACGGCACAUAUUUUUGCAGUUGUUUAUCUUGGUUGUUGGUUGGACGGAUAGCACAGCGACUCCAUACUGAUAUUUAUGUCCAAAUUAAAUGAGGCACUCACGGGAGAAGGUUGACAUGUCGCGUGCCCUCUUGGCAUAGAGUUGUUUGCUUACUUUGCCACUUCCACGUCUGCUCUGGUCUUGGCUGGGUGAUAAUGGCAGAGAUCUCUGUCAUCGACACAUGCCAUCGCUGAUUCAACAUGCUGAAUUGGACAUAAAGCCAUUGCCUGGACUCCUAUUGAUGCCAACAUGAGGCAACGGUGUCACCAGCUGCAGGAGUAGUGUGCCGCAGGCUUUUGGUAAAAGUCCAUGCAGCCUUUUCUUUUAAAUCCCAACUAAAAACAGAACUUCAGAUUUAAGAAUAACAAGUCAACAUCCCAUGACAAAAACACAAAAUACAGAUGGAAAACUAGAGGGAACAUUCAGAGGGCACAGCUCUUCAGUUUCCCACAGUGACAGUACCUUUUAUAUAAUAAAAAAAGAUGUAUUCAUGUCAAGAUCACCGCUAAAAUCUAAUAAUUAGUUUCUAGUGUCAUAACCUACAGCCUCAGAAAAUGUAAUGAAAAUCUGUUUUUGCUCACAGACAAACAAACAAAUGUAAACACAACCACCAUGAUUCUUUCCAUGUCUGUGGCCAGAGGUGUGUUGUCUCAUUAUCUCUCCACACUGAGGAUGAGCCCAGCUAAUAAACAAGGAGGACAGUAGAACACAACAUUUCAGCUGCUUGCCCAUGGAGUUACACGUUCAAGUUUUUUCUCUUAUCCAAUUAGGGUUUCUCUUUUCCUCAGCUAAGCAUUGGCAUUUUGUCUCGGUCUCAUGAUUCAGGUCAAUAGAUAAUCCAAUUGAAUUACUGUGUUCUGCUGGGAGAACAUAUUGUGUGGAUAAUCGGAAAAAUUGAUGGAAAAAACAUGUCCAUCGUGGUGAUUGUGAUUAUGUAAGCAUAUCAUAUUUUUCAUUUCCAACUGUCCACACGGUUUGAUUCUGAGGAUACUCUCGCUCUGCAUCGGUUUCUCCCUGAGGUCAUGAAUGAGUGGUUGUCAAUGGAAUAGCAGUGUACAUUAUGUUGGGCUUCAGAGUCUGAAUCUAUCGUCAUGUUUGGCUUUCGGUUAUGUAACUGUAGGACGGAACAUGUUUCCUCGUAUCUGGCAACGGACCAGCAGCAAAAUCAAUACACAUUUACAGCAAAUGAAUGGACAGGAUGCUGCAGAAUUAAAAGCAAACUAACCAACUAGAGACCAGUGGGGUCAGUGUCUUGUUUUCUACUUUACAAUUUCAUCUAGCUGAAGUAGAAAAGAGAUGAAAGGAACCUGUGUGAAUAGCAAUCACGUCUUGCAAUGUUCAAAAAUAUUUUUUUUAAAGCCUGUGUGCACAGGCUAUUUUAAAACAAGGUCAGUUCUGGCUGCUGUUGUCACUAGUUUUGGCCUUGCUUGACUGCACAUCAUGGUGCAAAGACACCAAACAUGACUAGGAAUGCACAAUAUUCUUGGCAGAUAUUUGCCAUAAAAUGUAUAUGUAUAUACACUAAUGACAAAAAUAAUGGGCUGAAAAAGCUGCUAUCGCUUUGACUUAUAUGCCAGCGCCCCCUACAGCUGUUAUUUAUUUUGCACAUAUAAAGAUAUUUUUUUAUCUACAUCUGCUGC